AUGUCUCAGUCACUUACCAGUUCAAACAAAAACAGGACAACAGUUCAAGAGGAGGAAGAUGACGACCUUGUCAUCCUGCCGGAUGUAGAUAACUCUGAGCUUAUAGCUCGCUACAGACUCAGCUUGGUAGGAAGGCUUUUCAAUAGAGAAAGACGCAAUGUUGAAGCUCUCAUUGCUCUACUGCCUAGGCCAAGCAUUUGGGACGUUGAAGGUCGAGUCCGCGGCGUAGAUUUGGGGAACCACCGUUUCCAGUUCGACUUCGACUCAGAAGAUGACCUCCAGAAGGUGCUGAGUAAAAGACCAUGCCAUUUCAAUAAAUGGUCCUUCGCCCUUGAGAGAUGGGCGCCUCACAUAGGUGACUCAUUCCCAAACACUAUGACUUUUUGGGUCUCUGCAAUGGGGAUCCCGACACACUUCUGGCUCGAACCGAUCUUCAGGGCCCUUGGAAAAAGGCUCGGCCAUGUUGGUUUGGUGGAAGCAAAAACAGCAAAAUUCGAGGUUGAGUUGAACGCUGAUCUUCCCAUAAAAUUUGCUCUUCGUGCGCAACUUCCAACCGGUGAGAUUGUUCCUGUCUCUCUUGAAUACGGUAAUCUACAUCGAUGGUGCCAUUCAUGCCGUCUCCUCUCCCAUGAAGAUGAAAACUGCCCACAGCUGUCUGAAAAAGAAAAAGAAAAGCACAGAUUAGCAAAAGAAGUAAACAGAGAUCAAGGCCUCCAACCAAGGAACGACAAUAACAGAAAAGACAUCAACAGGAAUGGUGAUCUCCCUAAACGCCACAACGUAGCUGAGCAGAAACUUUCAAGCCAUCAGGAGAGACGCUCCGGGGAAGGUCCUCAAAGAGAUAACCGGGAUAGCGUAUGGAAACGCAUUGACUCUCGGUAUGCUCCUAGAGAUGACCACCGUGGAGACAAUCGCAAUGCUCACAGAGACCGUGAUAAGCCAACUUUCAAUAAAGAGACAUAUAACAAGAGAAGGUAUGAUGACUCUUUUGCAUCAAGCAGACAAAGAGUGGACGCAAAGAAAGCAGAAAAAAAACUAGUCUCUGAAACUCAUGGUUCUAAGGAAGUACCUGAAGGCCCUCGUGCUCUCCAUCUGGACGUUUGUACUCAAGGAACAACGUCUGAUCAGAACCAAUUGGCUUGUCGUAGCAUCUCCUCUCCAGAACAUGUCAGAGAAAGACCUUUUAUGCUCUCAUUACAGAAAAGAUCAUCAGGUGAACUGAAAUUGAAGGAGAAAGUUGGAGACUUUGGAGAUUCUUCAGAUACUGUAAGUUCUGCAAAAAAGAGUCUCAGAUUCGCUGCCGAGAAUAACCCUUCCUCACCAAAGCCCAACUCCUCACCACCUGCGCAAAUGGGAAAAAAGAAAGAAAAAAGUUGGUAUGAGCAAACACUAGAGGAAGAUGAGAUGACUGAUCAUACAGCGGAGACCAACAUAAACAAAGAGAUACAAGACGACAACAAAGAAUUUGAGGACCCUAAUGCUGAAAGGAUCUUAGAAGAGGAAGAUUGGAUGAAUGAAGAUGCUACCUUUGAUAUUGAUGAGGAUGAUUUGAUGGAUGAGGAUGAACUCCUCUACGACGAAAAGCAGCAGGAGGAGGAGCCUGCCCCCCCUUCUGAUCGUAUACCUCUGCCGUUGAUUAUCGAAGGUUCCACGGAAUCAGGGAAGGAAACGAAAGAGGCAUUGGUUGAGGAGAGUCCGAAGCAAUCUGGUUUGAAGACAUCGGUAAUUGGAAGCCGCUGUGCUCAGUUAACGCCUGGCCGUUCGUCACGAUCCUCGACACAGAAGAAAAGAGGAACUCCAAGCCCCACUGCUACUGGCGUCUCUCUCAGACAGAGAAACCUAAUGGUGGGUCGGGCCUCUUCCAAGGCCAAGGUAUCAAAGAGUGGGCCAAAACUCAAUCAGACUCUCUCUCCGGACCAAGGCCAAGAUCCAAGUGACUUUGAAAAGGCGGAUUUACUUUUGAAGAACAACAAAAAAUCAGCAAAGGUGGGAAGCAAUAAACCACCAAAAAUUCCAAGAUGA